UCCGCGGACACGCCCAUUCCGAAUCUUUUCAUUACUCUGUGCAAAAAAGAAAGUAAGUGUGUUGCAGCUGCACAUGAAUGGAGCCGAGUGAAUGGAAGCUGGAGAGAUAAAUCAAUAGGGGCAGGAAGAGAGCCAGCGGCUGGAGGAAGCUCUCCCAACACCCAUGACCUACCAUUCUACUUGACUUGGCAGUCCUCUGGGGUUACUCAUGCCUCCAUCGCCCUUAGACGAUAGGGUUAUUGUGGCAUUAAACAGACCCGUGAGACCGCAGGAACUUAACCUCUGCAUAGACUCUUCCUUCCUUGAUUGCGCCACGGUGAGUGGCAGCUGCAAGUCCCUACUCAGCGCAAGUGUUGCCUCCUUAAACGCAGCCAAUCUGACGUAUAUGCCCUCUUCCAACGGGUCUGCACGCUCUUUGGGUUGCGGAUGUAGCAGUGCAAGUUGUUGCAGUGUGGCAUCGUAUGACAAGGACACUCAGAGCCAGGCCGUCAGCAACACCACUCUUACCAGCAGUGUCGCCGGACCCUCCGCUGCUUCCUCGUCCAACCAAAUGGUCAACAAUAAUGAGAACAGCGCCAGUCUAAGCCCAUCUGGUGGAGUUAGCAGUCCAGUGUCUAGCACUACCAAACAGUUUGCCAACAUUAAGAUCAUCUAUCCUAAUGACUUGGCCAAGAAGAUAGUAAAAUGCAGCAAAACCCACCUGCCCAACCAGGGCCCCAUCAUCAUUGACUGCCGACCUUUCAUGGAGUACAAUAAAAGCCAUAUUCAGGGAGCCGUUCACAUUAAUUGCUCCGACAAGAUCAGCAGGAGGAGGCUACAACAGGGCAAAAUCACGGUGUUGGAUUUAAUAUCAUGCAGGGAAGGCAAGGACUCAUUCAAGAGGAUAUUUUCCAAAGAGAUCAUCGUUUACGAUGACAAUACCAAUGAACCAAGUCGGGUUAUACCCUCCCAGCCGCUCCAUACUGUUUUGGAGUCACUGAAAAGGGAAGGCAAAGAACCUCUGGUGCUAAAAGGUGGGCUCAGCAGUUUUAAACAGAACCACGAAAACCUGUGUGAUAAUUCCCUCCAACUCCAAGAUUGCCCGGAUGGAGGCGGGGCCUCAGCAGUGACCAUCACACUACCUCAGUCCGUCCCUAGCACUCCGGAUAUAGAGAACGCAGAACUGACCCCCAUCCUCCCUUUUCUCUUCUUGGGCAAUGAGCACGAUGCCCAGGACUUGGAGAAGAUGCAGAGAAUGAACAUAGGGUAUAUCGUCAACGUAACCACUCACCUUCCUCUUUUCCACUAUGAGAAAGGGAUCUUUAACUACAAGCGUCUCCCAGCAACAGACAGCAACAAGCAGAAUCUCAGGCAGUACUUUGAAGAGGCGUUUGAGUUCAUAGAGGAAGCUCACCAAUGCGGGAAAGGCCUGCUCAUCCACUGUCAAGCAGGAGUCUCGCGCUCGGCCACCAUCGUGAUAGCCUACUUGAUGAAGCACACGCGGAUGACCAUGACCGACGCCUACAAAUUUGUUAAAGGAAAGCGACCAAUCAUAUCCCCCAACCUAAACUUCAUGGGCCAGUUAUUGGAGUUUGAAGAAGACUUAAAUAAUGGUAUCACACCACGGAUUCUUACGCCAAAGUUAAUCGGUGUGGAGACUGUGGUGUAACAAACAUUUUAUCAAUUAAGCUUCAAGAUUAAAAGAAAAAAAAAUCAACUCAUCCGGAUUAAAGUAAUUUUAAGAUGGAGGGUUAGAUCUCGAGUCGGAGAAGCUUGAAAUUUUUAUGUCUUUGGAUACCCCUUUGUCACCUUGGCCAAAAAAAAAAAGCCAAGGCUAAAAGUUUUUUUGAGAAAAAAAAAAAAUCCAUGGUGAUCAGGGGUCUGUGCGGGUUCAUGGACUGAAGAAAAGAGUGUUGUUUAUGCAAUACAGCUAUGAAAAUAUGCAUUUUUCAUGCAUAAUAUGCCAGACCAUAGCUCCAAGGAGAUUAAAAAGAAAAAAAAUGAAGAAUCUGCCAUAAACAGAAUAUAUUUAAAUGGCAAAAAAAUUGAAACUGUUGACUCUGGGUGUGUUAUGUUCUAUUUUUAUAUUUGGGCUAAAAGGGUUUCAUUGACACAGAACUUGACCAUUUCUUGCCCUCAGUGGCUUCUUGUGCAAUAAUUUUGUUUUGAGUGUGAGAAUUGUAAGAGCUGAUUGAAUGUUUUUGAGAUUGCCUACAUGCAGAGUAGGUAACCAUUUUUGUGGGUUUAACAAAUAGUGAGGUAUUGAUCUGCUGGUGGCAUCUCCAAGGCACAAGGUAUAUUAUUUCUCAUGCCUCUGUGGUGUUACAUGCAACCAGCUCAAUAUUGUACACUAGAUUGUAAAAGUUUGUGGAAACCUGAUCAUCACGCCCACUAUACGGGCAAAAGUAUGCAAAAACCAAUCCAGAUUAUUAAAUUAAAGGGGUUGUAAAGGU